UCUUUACAGGAUGGCUACAGGAGGGAGUACUGUCGCAGAUGUCAGUGCCACAACACCGGACGACGAUGACAGUACAUACGAAGAACAUUUACACGAUGGCUGCAUGGCCCUGCAGACUGGAGACUUGGACAAGGCAGAACAAAGCUUUGCAGCUUCGCUCAAGUCUGUUCAUGUCAAAGGAGAGUAUGGGAAAGAGGCAGAGCCCCUGUUCAAGUUGGCAGAUGUCUAUCUGAAGAGAGGAAUCCAGUCAAAGGACGGGGGUGAUUUCACCAAGGCUGCAGCACUCUGUAAUGCAGCACUGGUAAGAUCGAGGAGGGAAGAUAUAGAGGAAACAAUCCAAGAAAUAACUCAAGCAUUUGUAAAAGAAGUCUUGAAUGUCGAACAGAAUGUAAACAGUGAAGAUACAGAGAAACACAAAUUGAUGUUGAAGGCUGAUAGGGACUACGUAGAAAAAGAGAUUAAGAGAAUUGAACAAGAGGUAGAUCCAUAUAGCCUUGAUGAGAAUGACCCAACGAUAAAAGAAGUGGAGAUGAAGAGAGUUGAGGAGAACAGGGCUUGGUCAAUGAGUACAGGACGUUAUGCACUCAGAAACUUAAAGAAAACAAUGGGACAGUUCAGGUGGUAA